AAUGAUUCUAGUUGCUGAGUAGAUUGUUAUUGAAUAGUUAACUUUUAGCUACUUAAUUUUGGGGAUAUGGAAAACUCAAAGAUGUUCAAGAAAUACGAGUCACUAAUUCUGUUAGAUUGAUUCCGUGUCGGUAACACUAGCAGAUCGAUUACUGUCGCUUACACUGUCUGGAUUACGUAUUUCCGAACACUCAAUGAGGCCUCAAAGAUUGAUCCGUACUAUAAACCGCCGGUCUGAAGUUGAGCAUAAAUAAUUUUAUAAUGUCAUCUCCAUCACAUACAUCAGAAUACUCAUAUUUAGGACCAUUGUCAACAUCUACACUUUAUGGCCAUAAUGAAGAUUGGCAGUGGUCUCCAGAAGAUCAGUACAAUCAUUAUACUUACCUCACUUCUAGCAGUACAAAUCAAGAACCACUGGAUUACAGUAUUGGAUCCUCUAUGUUUUAUUCUGGUGAAGAUAAUAUGGACAGUUCCUCUUAUAAAAGCAAAACUAUUAGUUCUGAUAGUGGUUAUCACAUGGAAAAUAAUGAGAGACAUGAUGAAAGGCCACCUGAUGAACAGGUAUUUGAAACACUCGGUCAAACCGUCAAACAUGAUCCUUAUCAGUAUGAAGAUUAUGACGAGCUUCCUCCUCAGCCGAAAAAAAGAGGCAGAAAAAAGAAAGAGCAAAAUGGAAUCAGUUAUGAGUAUAUAAAUACACCUGAGGGUGUGAAAUGUAUCAAACAAGAAAGAGUAAAUGAAACUUUUAAACAAAGAAAGAGAAUGGAUCGUUUUGACGGAAUGCCUGAAGAAGAAGUUAUGAAGAAAUCUCUUCCUGAUCAUCUUAGUCAUGGAUUAGAUAUUGUUAUUAUUGGUAUCAAUCCUGGUUUAAUGGCUGCAUAUAAAGGUCAUCACUAUGCUGGACCUGGAAAUCAUUUUUGGAAAUGCCUGUUUUUAGCUGGUUUAAUUCCAGAGCCGAUGAGUGCUGUAGAUGAUUUUAAACUUAUUUCUCAUGGUAUUGGUUUUACUAAUAUAGUUUCACGUCCCACAAAAGGAAGUGCAGAUUUAAGUAGGAAAGAAAUCAGAGAAGGAGCUGAAAUAUUACUUUCAAAACUAAGGAAGUAUCAACCUAAAAUUGCAGUAUUUAAUGGGAAAAUGAUAUAUGAAGUCUUCUCAGGAAAGAAAAAUUUUGAUUUUGGACGACAGCCUGACCCCAUUCAAGGAACUGGAAUUUCUGUUUUUGUCAUGCCUUCCUCAAGUGCAAGAUGUGCUCAACUACCUAGAGCAGUUGAUAAAGUUCCAUUUUAUAUCGCCCUCAAGAAAUUAAGAGACCAUUUAUGUGGUGUUCUUCCUGAUUUGGAUUUUUCUGAAGUGUCAUUUCCUGAUGUCAAGUUAAAAGUGGAGGUUAAAGAGGAUAAUCAUGAAGAUUGUUUCAGUGACUUUCGAAGGAAUGAUGUUAGUGCUACUGUGCAUAGAAGCUUAGAAACCGAAACUGAGAUGAGAGUGAUGAUUCCUGUACGAGGUAAACGGGGUAGAAAACGAAAAACAGAUUUAGGUCGUUAUCCUGUGCCUGUUAAUCAUACUGAUGCUGAAUGUUCCAGGCCUCGAGGAAGAGGUUCUGGCAGACGUGGUAGGGGUAGAAGACCUGUAGAACAUCAUAGUGGAUAUAGCCCGUCAGGGUCAUCUUGGUCUAGCUCAUCAACUGUUACCUCACCUUAUUUUUCUACAGAUUCAACUCCUCAGCAUAGUUGGCAGCAUUGGCAAGAAAACCAUAAUGGAACAGAAAAUUCUUUUACAGAUCAUUCACAAACUCAUAAUAUGAGCCCUGUUCAUAAUUAUCAAAUGACUCAUGCUGAACAAGCUAGUAAGCAGUCUCAAAAUAAUCAGUAUUAUGGUGGUUAUAACCGACCUUACAUGGGUUAUUCUCAGGCUGACUGUUCAUAUGUACCUCAAGUUGAUACAUAUGCUAAGGUUAAAGAAGAAUGUUAUGACACAAGCUUUAAUGAAUAUUAAUGUAGCAAUUUUUUAAAAACUGCUACCUUAACUAUAAUGUCCCCCAUUUUUACAAAAGAUGCUGCAAAAUACAAUAUUUCUUAUGUUUAUCUUAAUUGAUAAUUUGAUUAUUCUGUUACAUUUCAUGUUUUUUUCCUUCAUUAAUUUAGUUGAUAUCUUGACUUAUGUUUCAGCUUAUUUAUUUUUAAACUAAAUUAAAAAAAAAAGAAGAGAAUUUUGCAGUAUCUUUUACAUCCCCUUGUUAUAAGAAUUAACUCCUUAAAAGAUGUACAUGAGGAGUAUAAUCUUUACCACAUGUUCACAUUAAUUGACCGAUAGUCUAGUCUGUUUUUAUCAUCUUGUCGUUUUGCAUCCUGAAUGUUUUGAUAUUUGUGAAUGUUCGUUCCAUUAGAUCAUUUUAACUUUUGAUUGCCUUCAUGUUCCUCACAAAUAUUUUAUAUUAUGAUAAAGGUUCAAAAUGAGUAGACUGUUUUUGUGCAAUAAAACUAGGCUAUUUUUUAAUUUUAUGUUAUCGAAUGUAUGUGAGUUCCUUUGUUUUAAUUUGCAAUUUUGCUUAAAGCAUUAUUGCUGCUCAUAUUAUACUUGAAAAACAGCAAUUUUAAAUUUUUAUGCUGUUUGCAUGGCUAAUAGUUCAAACUGAAAUUUGGCUUCCUAACAAUUAUUUAUAAAUCUAAUUGAAGAUCCUUUGAUUAUAAAGCAAAGGGUACUAAAAACUAUCAUAUCUUUUUGGGCCUUAAAUAACGUAACUUACUAUUUCACACUAAAAGUGUGGCCUAUUUGAUAAAAUGUAUGUUGUAAUUUUUUUCUCUUAAUUUUAAAAGUUAGAAAUAAUUUUACUAUUAGAAAAUCUAAUUUACCACAUAGAUUAAGAAGAAAAAAAAACUUUGUUAAUGUGAUACUCAUGCUAAAUAUAUGUUGUAAAUUGCAUAAAAAUUCAUCAUAACUAUUGCAGAGAGUAAAAAUAGGUGAUCUUAAAAAUAAUCAGAACAGAUAAAUUUUAUUUGGUUAGAUAUUUUGUUAAAAGAAAUACCUAAAUUAAGAUUUAUUGUGUUGUUUUUUCUGACAUUUUAUAUUUUAACUCGCUUAUAGUAAACAAAUAUUAAGUGGUAAAUUUUUUCAUUAAAAAGCAAACUUAUUUAUUACAAUGUUAACAUUACUUUAUUGUGUUAUAUUUGAUAUUAUUACACAACAUAGUGUUGAUAUUUAAAUUGUGUUUAAUGCUAGAACUGCGGAACAAUCUUACGUACUCUGGAGCAGCAAGAAAUGCUCAUUUUGACUCCCUUCAUAAAAACCACUGAAAUAGACAGAAUAUAAUUUUAAAUGCCAUACAUUGACAAAAAUAUAUAAAUUGUGUGUAUUUUAUAUUUAAUAUUACAUGAUAAUUUACUGAAUUUUUAAAAUGCUGUAAAUAUAUCAAUUGGAUCAUACUACAACUACUGAAAUAACUCACUAAUUCGAUAUAAAAAUUGAUUUCAAAUAAAUAGCUUUUAAAGUUAAAAUGAAUGCUAACUAAAAUAAAACAUUUAUUUUUGAUGUACUUACUCACAGAAUGAUUCUUUCCUUCAAUCCGUAAAGAAAUUAUCGAUGAAGGACAUUUAUAUUAAAAUUUAAAUUACACAUGUAUUAGGAAUUAAUGCACUGAAUACAAGUGUAAUUUUUAACAAUUUUUCCAUUAUGCAUGAUCCAAAAUAAUAAAAAAGAUAUGCACAAGUCAUCAUCCAAAAGCCAAUUAAAGGAAUAUUUCAUCUGAUCAUGAAUAUCUACACAAUACUUUGUUUCAUUAUAAAAUGAUUUAAAUAUUGUAAAAUGCCAUAUGUAACUUCUUGAAUUUGUCUUCAGUUUUUACAGUAGACUGUAAUGAGCUCAGUAGAAAAACAUCUUAUUUUUCUUUUGGCUUGAUAGAUGGUUAUAGUGUGAUUAUAAUUGUAAGCAUGAUAUAAAGAUGAAGAAUUUCUUUUCUGUUAUUUUUACAUUGUGCCGACCAAAAUUGUUUUUUUAGAAUUUAGCAAUUCACAAAUUUGAGGCUUGUAAAAUAGUCCUCUGUUAUUAUAUUCCUCCUUUUGUUUAGAUAAGACUUUAACGAUUUGUGACAUUUUCAGAUAAAUGUAAUUGAGGAUUUGUUGCUUCAUCUUUUCCAUUUAGGAGGUACUUAGUACCAACAUCAACAGAUAACCAAAAUUUUGUUCUGAAUUUAGCAUAUUUUACAGUUUUUAAUAAAAUUAUUCCACAUUUCAGAUUAGGAGCAAAUUUAUUAGUCUGUAAUAGAGUAGAUCUUAAUGUCUUCUCGUCAAACCUCAAAUAUCUUUAUUUCUUUGAAUCUAUUGUUAUUUCUUUACAAAAUGGAUACUCCAUGCCUCAGAUCACAAUGAACAUAAAUCUAAAAUUUUGCUCUUGUUGCUCCUCAAACAUGUAGUAUAGCAAAAAAAAAGUAUCUAACUCAGCCAGAGAUAAACUCCAGUCUUUAUAUCCAAGUUACUGAUGUGCUUCUGAUUCUGCACAUUUUUUCUUAUGCUACAAGAUCUUAAGCAGGAAUACUGCUGCAGGCUGAGUUUUCGAAUUUAUUUCAUAGUAUAUAGUGUAACUAGGAGCUGUAAAAACAGUUUUUCAUACAUUCUGAUCCUAUUUUGCACUUUCAUUAUAUCUGCUGUGUUGAUCUCCAUUAACUUAGCUGUUCUCGGAUCUCUAAUGCUGUGUGUUUGGAAUUCAUUGUCUACAGAAAACUGAUACAAUUUUUCAUUUUUUAGUCAAAUCUCUUUUUUGCUUAUAGGUCAUAUUUUGUAAAAUUUAAGAGCAAUAAUAUAUCAGUGACCGAAAAAAAAAUAUACCAGUACAUGAUUGUCUAUAUUUAACAUAUGAUUCAUAGCGUAAAGGCAAGAUUAUAUUUCACUGAAGAAUUCAUCUACACUGAUAUUGAACUAUAUAAAAAACUGCUGUUAUAAUUCUUAUUAAUUGCAGUGAGGUAUCUGAACUGAUAAAAGUAACAAAUGGAACAAUAUAUCUCUGAAAUUAACUAAUUCUCAAAAGAAAUGUAAGCAUGAAAAACCCUGCACCUGCUUUCUUUGCAAUAUUUUAUUCAAAAGAGAGAGAAAAAGCAAGCAAGGAAUCAAAAUUCACUAGAGAUAACAAAAAGAGUGACUACCCAGAUUAUUAUCACUCUUGGAGACAGUAUAAAUGCAAGUGAAAAAUGCUUAUCACUGAAUUUUUCUUAUUGAUUGUUUGUCUAUGUCUCUGCGAGUAAAAUGAGUAUUUCAUUGAAAGGGUCAAAAUGCUUCUUGUCUGUCGUUUUAGGAAUAGAUGCCUAUAUUUCAAAAUCUGACUAAUCUAGAAUGAUGAACUUUUGUUUAGAAAUAUUUGUUAACUGUAUAGAAAAAGUCAAAAAUUUUCAAAAUGAUUUCUUUCAGUCAAACAAAAGUAAUCGACUGGCAAAAAUGAUUAAGGGUCGAAAUGACCCUUACUGCUGUUCUAGUGUUAACUUAUGACUAAUUUUUUUAAUUGUUGAAUUCUCUAAUUGAAUAUUUUUAGUUCAUUUGUUAUUUAUUAAAUCAUUUAUUGUUGUUAUAUGUUUAAAAUAAUGCUUGAAACAUUCAUCAAUCUGAUGGUAAAUAUUUUCAACUAGUAAUAGAUUGAAGGAAGCUUCAUUAAAUUUUAUUAUAAUGUAUUAAAUUAAUCUCAACGUGGGUCAUAAUUACGUAUUGAAACCAAAUUUUAAUUGUUCCUUUCAUUGAUAUUUUAUGUUAUACUUUUUUUAGAUUAAGUUUUUAAAAUUUUGGAUGAAAUGUACUUGAUAAUGAUAAAAUAUGUGCAUGGCUGACCUAUAAUUCAUGCUCAAGUAAAACUUUUGUAGUUCUCAGAAAAUGCUAUCAAUAUUGCUUAUAACUUUUUACUGAAGAUACUUAAUAAUUUUUUACGAUGCUUUAGUUGAUCUAAUGCAAUACCAAUUUCUUGAAAGUUCAGAUGGAGUGUGAUCUGUGAUUUAAAAAAAAAAUGCAGGUAGCAAUAUAGUUGUAAUAAUAAUUAUAUUUCAAAGAAUAAAUGCCCGCAUUUACAAGUGUUAAAAUUCUAGGGAGUACACAAUGGUAGAUCAGUUUUCAACCUCAAUAAUUAAAGCAAUCAGCCUUAUUAAGGGUCAGUAGUUGUCUUAUGUUUGAGUACCCCAUAUGGAUUUUCAGGAUUGUUAUUGCUUCAGAGAUACCUAUCUUCUAACUGCUUAAAUAAGUUGUUCAUAAUUCUUUUAAAAGACUGAAAGUUCAGCUGAAACAUUUUUUUAUCAAGAGGCAAUACUUGAAACCACAAUGUAACUUAUCAAUUUAAAACCAUACUUGUUUUUAGAUGAUUUUUCUAAAACUAAGUAGUCCAUAUAAAAGGAUGUAACUGCUAUGCAUUAAUUUAUGUCGGCUUUCCUUAUGUUCUUCUCAUUGCUAAGUAACAUACUUUUGUAUAUAAUUUUGGAGAACAGCCUUAAUUAGAAAAAAGAUUUAUUAGCAAAUUUUAUGUUUGUCUAUGAAAACAUGUAAAAGCUUAAGCACAAUAAAUUCAUUAGUUAACUGUAAAUACGAAAAUUACCGGAGUAAAAUUUAGCAAAAAAAAAAAAAAAA